CAUCGAUUCAUUCGACGAUGAUGAUCAAACAUAUUGGAUAGACUUAAUAACGUAAUAAGAAGUGAAGUCGGUGUGGUGUUUUUACGGAAAAAUCUCGGUCCUCCUUGAACCCAUUAUUCCAUUAUUUUGCGUAAAAAUCGGACAAAAAGCUAUCCGCAAACCCUCGCGAGCGAGUCUGUAUAAUCGUGUUUUGGGAGACGACUUAAAAAAAAAAAUACUUUCCGAGAUUGUUGGUUCAUUAAUUCUAAAAACUUAAAAAAUGGCGAAAGUCGGUGCUGGUUUUGUCGGAAUUUUAACAUUUUGUCUUGUAAUUAACAACUUAAGUAUAUGUGCAACAAAUCCAAUUGAAGAAAAUGACAAAAAAUCCAUAGUAGAUAUUAAAACUCAAUACCAAAGUGUUCAAACCACAAACUCAAGUAGUGCUCAAGCCCAACCAAGUGUUAAUGUCACCGCUUCCGCUGCAUCCACUGACACAGCAGCAUCCAGCUCAUCAGCCACAUCAUCCGUUAUAGUGCCUUCCAGUAGUCGUCCUUUAUUGGGUGUUAAUGGAACUGGUCAACGUAAGGAUAUGACGGAUAAAAGUCCGAUUGCGGCUGCAACCACAGUUCAACCGGAUCUUAUCAAGGGCAGUGAUUCAGCGACUGCUACAGAUGCAAAAAAGAAUGCAAAUCAAUUUCCUAAGAAGGUGCUGACAACUACAAAAACAGCUGCAACAUCCCUUUUGGCUGCUGCUGCUGCACCAGUUGCCACCGCUGCCUCGCCUGCGGCAGCAAUAUCAACAAAUAGUACGGACAAAUCUGAUUUGGAAAAAUUGAUUGAUUCCAUUGAUUUGCCAGAGGAUGAGACAUUGGACUCAUUGAAGAAACGUAACCUAACACUGAAUACAACAUCGGACCAUCAUCAAUAUUACAAUAGCACGACAUAUACAGACAAAGAAAAAGCCGAUAAAUACUGGAAUGAAAUAAAAAAUAUUACACCCAACGUUAUGCUAUCACAAUCACAUCGUCGAGCCAUGACCGUAUUAUUAAGUUUCGAUUUCCCCUUCUACGGCCAUCCUGUGAGAAAUGUGACGAUAGCCACUGGCGGUUUUAUAUACACUGGUGAUUAUGUACACUCUUGGUUGGCAGCCACGCAAUAUAUUGCUCCAUUGAUGGCCAAUUUUGAUACAAGUCUCUCGAAUGACUCAUUUGUACGUCUUAAUGAUACAGGUUCAUCGUUUACCGUCGUCUGGGAAAAUGUUUCUCUACAAGACAAACAAGAUGUUGGUAAAUUCACCUUUAGUACGACUCUGCACAAAAAUGGCGAUAUCGUGUUCACCUACUUUUCGGUACCGAUUCUCAUUCCGGCCAUACAAGACGAUAAACAUCCCGUUAAGGUUGGACUCUCAGAUGCCUAUAUUAUGGAUCAAGAUGUUGGCAAUGCUCGUAGAAAAACCAUUUAUGAAUAUCAUCGUGUCAGUUUUGGCAACGCACAGAUUACCAAUUCAACAACUAUCUAUUUCACUGCAUUGCCAACGUGUCUGCAAUAUACCGACUGUGCCUCCUGUUUGAAUCAUGACACCGACUUCUCAUGCUUCUGGUGUCCUUCUGCAAACAGAUGUUCCACUGGCACAGAUCGCAAGCGACAAGAAUGGAAAUCCCUUUCCUGCGAUCGCUUCCAAAUAACCAAUGCAUCCACCUGUCCGGCCAUUGGUCAUGAGGGCAACAACUACUCUGAUGGUAACACCAAUAACAAUCAUAAAGAUGUUACAACACAUCCAUUUAAACCAUAUAAUCCCUCUGGUUUAGAAUCAUCAACCGUUACCACAGUGGACGGCGGAAAUUCUGAGUAUCAAUACAAUGGUACACCAAUGAAAAGCGCAACAGGCACACAAAUGAAAUCAGUGGCCAAUGAGGCGGAACCAACGCAAAAAAUGAGUUUAACUCUGGGAAUCUUUAUACCCAUUUGUUUGGUCUCCUGCGUCUUGUUGUGGGUGUUGUAUGCCUAUCGGAAUCCACACACGAAAAGUGGACAAUUGCUUAUACAGUCCAAAUAUCGUCAGUAUCGUCCCAGCCAAUGGUCGUGGCGACGCGGAGAAGCUCGUUAUACUGCUGCAACGAUACAUAUGUAGACAAUUAAAACAAUUUAAUUUAGACUUUCUCUCGAUCUUGUACUUUUUUUUUUAAAUCAACCAAGACCAAACCUCUUUUGCAAUAUUUCCCCAUUUUUGUUUCCGGCACAUGGUGUGUCUUCUUGUGUUUUAUAUAUCUUCUAGGACUCGUAUGUUGUUAUCCUUCAACUUUUUGUGCUUUCUUUAGUGGAAUUUUGUAAGAAUAUAAUUAAAUAAAAGCGGAAAAAAGAAAGAAUGAAAAAAGAAACUAAACCAAUGUGAUCUCGUUCCCAAUCUCAAUGACAGUAACUCUACGUUGCCUCAAAUGCAUCACCUUCAAACAGAAUUAUCCUUAAUAUGUGAGUAAUGAAAGAUAUAAUCAAUUUAAUUGAUUCGUCAGAAGUUUUUCCAAACUAUUCUUAAAA